CGAAUACGUAGCUGGUGCGGCCGAGGACUUAAAAGCUCUCUCCCCUCGCUUUUCCAUUCGUGAUUUUCCGCUUCGUGGUGCCUCGGUUUAACCGAAGGUCCUUCGGCCCGUCCUUCGCCGCUUCGUUCGCCAAUUGGGAAAUCUGUGCACGGAACUCGAAGCCACGCGAGUCCUGUUCCUUGGGCUGCAGUUUACAUUGCGUUGCCUUUGCGUAAGGACGUGCGUAGAUCAGCGCCUGUGCUUUUGCCUUUCGAGUUUUUGGCCAGCGGGAAUAAUAAAAAAAAAAACAAAUACUAAAUAAAAAGGACGAAACCGAACUGAAAGUUGAACGGAAACCGCAAAAUUGAACGCUUGAUGGUGUGCGUGUGUGCCCGAUUCCAUUUUGCGAUGCAGUUGUUGUGUUUUUGACAUUGCAUUUUACAGCAGAAAAACAGAAAAUAGGAGAAGGGAUCUCCGGCAAAAGGAUCAACAUAACGGUCCGCUACGGCGUGCGUGUGUGUGUGAGGCUGUUGCUUUCCCCUGGGCGUGUGUGUGUGUGUGUUUGUGCAGUCACGUGUUCUAAGGUGAUUUUAACGAGUUCCGUGAUACGCGAAAUGAGAUAAGGAACGGGAAAGGAGCCAAGCAGCGUAGAAAGGAGCAAAGCCAAGCAGCAAGCGGCUUAGACGAAAGAAAAAGAGCAUAAGCGAAAGCGAAAUCCCGCGUUCGCCAGGACACACAGGAUACCCGUGGCUGCCUGGCCUUAAAGGAUUCGCAGAUAAAUCAAACAAACAUUGCAUAAAAAAUCAAAUUGAUUGCCAAAUUGUGCAGACCGAGAGAAAAACAAGAAAAAAGUUGGAUGUGCAAAAUUAUGACUUGAAAAACAGUUUGAAAAUAUUACAGAACUUGAACAAAAACUAAACUGUGAGCAAUAAACUAAAGAUCAAAAUUAACACCUUUCAUCAUGCGGGUGCCACAAAUUGUUCAUCAUUCAGCUUUCAAAACGACGCUUCUUGCUGUGUUAAUUGGCCUGACCGCCGCUCUGAGGGACGUCCGGGUGCGAGUGCCGCACGCGGUCAAGCGGGGCGACAAGGCCAUCCUGAAAUGCUUCUACGACAUCGAGGACGACAGCCUGUACUCCGUGAAAUGGUAUCGAGGGAGGCGGGAGUUUUACCGCUACACGCCCAAGGAGACACCGCCGAUGAAGAUCUUUCACUUCCCUGGACUAAAAGUGAGACGCGUGUCCUCGAACGAGAGCCAAUUGGUGCUUGAAUCGGUAACAAUGGCUACAUCCGGUAAAUACAGUUGCGAAGUAUCUGCGGAUGCGCCCUCGUUUCAUACAUUAAUAGCGGCAGCCGAAUUGGAAGUUAUUGAGCCGCCGCACAACGCUCCGUCCAUAUCGGGCAUCCAUACCCGAUAUAGGGUCGGCGACAUAUUGCGAGGUAAUUGCACAUCGCGUCACUCGCGACCGGCGGCCAAUCUCACAUGGACAGUGAAUAAUGAAGAGGUAAAUCCCGCCCACGUGCGUCACCAUAAGUUGCUGAAAGAUCCCCACAACGACAUGCAAACUGCCAUAGUGGGCAUUCACUUUGUGGUCACAGAUCAGCACUUUGACAACGGCAAGCUAAAGCUCCGGUGCAGCGCUCAGCUGCACGAUGUCUACUGGAAGACCACGGAGAAGACGAUUCUCGAGGUGGAUCCGUUCGGCAAGUACGGAAGCGGGGCCAGCGGAAACCGGGUCAGUCCCGACGAGUUCUAUGACCAGUACACGCUGCACGAGGAUGAGCAGUUCCACAGCAAGAAGAACAGCUACCUGACACAGCUGCAGGACUUUCUCUUUCAUUUUGUACCCUCAGGCGAAGAAGACGACGGAACGGAGGGCGGCGUGGAGGAUGGAGGAGCCGCCUGGCGCGGCGCUGGUUCGUCGACGGGCUCGCGUCCGUGCCAGAGUCAAUCCUGGGCGCUGCUGGCCCUGGGCGGGGGAUCACUGAUGGCGACGUUUAGUUGGGCAGUCGGAGGGCAAUUAGUGUCGCCGUUGCAGGCGAUGACAAAGGCCGGCGGUGCAACCAGCAAGGCGAGCAACACCAGCGACUCCGGCAGCAGCCGGAGCAUCCGCACCAGGAGGCACGCAGUCCGCCGAACAAGGCCCGGGGAGAUGCGGGCGCUGCAGCUGGACGGGAACUGCAGCCUGCGGGCGUCAAAGUCCAGCUGGAAAGGAUGCAGCAGCGGCAGCAACAACAACUGGAGAUGCGUUGGGCAAUUAACAUGAUUCAAUUGUCAUGCAACUCGAGUGCCACAUUUCAGGGACGGUAAGGGAUGCGGAGGCCGAGGCGGAAUCGGAAACGGAUGCGGCGACGAAUGUGGGAGUCCAGCAUAGAUAGGGGAUGUGGGUGGAGUUUAGCCCAAGGCCAAGACCCAAAAGCAACUGCUAAAUGUAUCUAAAUAUUUACACACCUACACUAACACACCAGACACUCGUUUCAGCUAGCUCAAAGUAACUUCAAAUGCAUUUAAGGAAAGAAUACAAAGCCGAACAAGACAAUCAGGGAAGUCGCACCGAAGGUCCUCCAGUGACUCGAAUUCACAUGAAAAGGGCUCUAAAUAUACACACUUAUUCAUUAAAAAUAUGGCUUUGGCAACAAAACAUCGAAACAGCGACUAGAUCCCUUUCCAAGUGACUUGGAGACACGAGAGUCCUUUGUGGCGCCCCUGAAGAAAAGGAUAAAGAUACUAAUUACCAGCCUAGCGCCAGUUCAUCAUAAAUGCUGCGAAUCUCAUCGGUUUAGUUAUUCCCACAUAGAGGGGAUUGCCAGGAGGUGCGAAUUGGUUUCCAUUGCACACCUACUUGAGGUUUGCAAACGUAUUGAAAGGCUUUAGGACUAAUGCUUGACAAUGGUUUGGACUUGAGAUUUUAACCUAACCUGAUUGGAUCUUGGGAGCCACUUCGAAACCAAUCUGCCAACUCCGGUUCGAAAAACCAGAUGAAAAACCAAAAUGAAAAAUAAUGUUGUGCUAAGCUUUUAAU